AUGUCUGGAAUGCUAGAUACUACAGCCCCCCAGCGUUUCGCUCCUCAUUACAAUAACGACCCCAUGAACAGCUGCCCCGCCGAAGCCCCUAGCUACGAAGACGCUGUAAACUCAAAACGAAGAAUGCCCUCUACAAACCCAAACCUCACGCCCUACCUGGGUCUCCAGGCCCGCCUCUCACAAGUAUGGUUCAACAGAUGGACCCUCCUCUUAUUCCUAGUCCUAGUGCGUCUUAUCCUUGCAACCAGAUCACUCGACAGUGAUCUUGUAUCUGCUAGGGCAGAAGCUCUGUCGGCUUGUACAAGUGUGGAGAGCAUGGGCUCGGCCAUGGCCUCUAUGCCGUCGUAUAUGGCAGCCGGCGUGAACGAGCUCGCUGCAAAGAGUAUCGAGACAGGUGUCAGGGCGAUGGAGAAAUCGCUGCUGCUGACCAUCACGGCUGUCCAGGAGAUUGUUGUAUUCGUUGUCAAUCUCCUCACGUCGACUUAUGUGUGUUUAAUUACUUUGGCUGUGCAGGGCUCUCUGGGAGCUGUGCUUGAUGCCACGGAGAAGAUUGCGGACUUCAUUAACGGCACGCUGGAUAAGGUUCUGGACGGCAUCAACAGUGAUGUGCAGAAGUUUGAGGGCGCGUUUAAUGAGAUUGUUGAUACGGUCAACAACAUGCCAACUCUUCUGGGAAUCGAUAUCAAUAUCCCGACCCUGGAUAUCCCGUCGUUGGAUGGGUUGAAGAAUAUCAAUAUCCCGGACGAGUUUGAUAGUACCUUGAAUUCUAUUAGGGACAAUAUCCCGACUUUUGACGAGGUCAAGGAGGCCGCUGACAAUGCUAUCAGAAUUCCAUUUAAAGAAAUCACCAAACUCGUAAAUCAAUCCAUUGGGGUCUAUGAAUUUGAUCGCUCUGUAUUUCCUGUACCACCAAAGGAGAGACUCACCUUCUGCUCCGACAACAACUCCAUCAACGACUUUUUCAAUGGCCUUGAGGGAACCGUCGCAACAGCCAAGAAGAUUCUCAUCAUCGUUAUCGCCAUCCUUGCUGUAUUGGCAAUCAUCCCCAUGGCAUACCGUGAAGUCUGGAACUGGCGCACCACCCGUUCUCGUGCUUACAUGAUCGCCGACCCCAGCCACACGUGGGACCCAAUAGACAUCAUUGUCAUUUCGUCAAGACCGUUUUCCUCCACCGUUGGACUCAAGGCCUCCGGUGUCUUCCAGUCUGCCCGUAAGCAAACACUGGUUAGAUGGGCGGUUGCAUAUGUCACCUCUACACCUGCUCUGUUUGUGCUCUCACUCGGUGUUGCCGGUUUGGCCGGUGUUGCUGCGCAAUACAUUGUCCUAAAGCAGGUUGAAAAGGCCGCCCCCGAGCUCGCUGCCGAAGUCGGCGAGUUUGCGGAGAUUGUUGUCAAGUCGCUCACUGCGGCGAGUACGGCAUGGGCUGCUAAGACGAACGAGGCAAUCAACAGUACGAAUGCCGAACUGAACAGGGAACUUUUUGGAUGGGUAGUUAAUGGGACUGAUGCGGUCAAUGACACCCUAACUGUCUUCGUGGAUAAGAUGUACGAUGGAGUUGAUACCCUCUUUGGGAAGACUCCUUUUGCUGAGCCAAUCAAGGAUGUCCUCAACUGCCUCAUCGGCCUCAAGGUCAAGGGUAUCCAGAACGGUCUCACCUGGGUCCACGAAAACGCCCACAUCACCUUCCCCCUCCUCCCCAACGACACUUUCUCCCUCGGCGCCGAGAACUCCAUCGGCCCCGACGCCGAUGGCGCCCAAUCAUUUCUCUCCGACACCUCCUCUGUCGCUGCUGACAAGAUCACUGACAUCCUCGUCAAGCUGAUCCAGAAAUGGGCGUCCAUGCUCCGAGAAGAAGCCAUCCUCUCUGGUUGCGUCGUCGCUGUAUGGCUCCUUGUCUGCCUCAUUGCCAUCAUCCGCACUGCUGUUCUAUGGUUCGGAACCGACAAAGUUCGUGGCGAGAUUGGUGACCAGCAGCCAACUGCUGCUGUUGGUGGAGCAAGGGCCCCACCGAGGUUCCCGUCGUUUGGCAGGUCGACAAGUAAUAGCUCUGGUGGCUCGGGCCCGAAGGACCCGCGCGACUAUAAUGAUAUGGAGGAGCAGUACAGGGGCGAGCCGAAUGAGAAGGCGGACCCGAAUGAUUACGUCCAUAUGGGCACUGUCAAUAGUAGAGUGGCGGGCUAUGGGAGGGAUAAUAGGAUUAGUGUGCAUCCGAGUUUGAGUGUGUCUUCUUCUAGAGAGAAGGUAUAG